UGGCCAUUGCGUCUGGACAUCCGGGUCCCCCACGAUGGAGGCACUGGGGUCAAGGACGGCCUGCCGAGAGGCAGCAUCCACACCGGGGAGCGUGGCACUCCCGAACCCCAACACACACCCCGAGCGCUCUCGGGAGCAGGGCUGCAUCUCACCGCCGGGCUCGGCGGCGGGGACCUAGCCCAGGCUGUUUUGCAGGUGUGGUGCGGGAAGGUAGGGCUACUGCCCAUUUUGGCCAAGGGUCACACAGCAUUUACAUCACAAUUGGGCUAGAGUUUUAAAAUGUCUGACCCUCUCCCUCCCCACCACCCGUGGCUGUGUCCGUCCGGACGGAGAAUGUUCUAGCGCUGGAGGCGGCUGUGGAUGAAGUCCUUGGGAGGAAAAGGAGCAGGCCGAGGGCGAUGGUGGAGUAGCGCUGCCUCGCAGAGGCAGCAUGAGCUGAGAGGGUGAUAGAAGGCGCUAGACAGCAUGGAGGAAUUUCUGCUCUCCAAUGGGUACCAGCUGGGCAAGACCAUUGGGGAAGGGACCUACUCAAAAGUCAAAGAAGCAUUUUCCAAAAAACACCAAAGAAAAGUGGCAAUUAAAAUUAUAGACAAGAUGGGAGGGCCAGAAGAGUUUAUCCAGAGAUUCCUGCCCCGGGAGCUCCAGAUCGUCCGUACCCUGGACCACAAGAACAUCAUCCGGGUGUAUGAGAUGCUGGAGUCUGCCGAUGGGAAGAUCUACCUGGUGAUGGAGCUGGCUGAGGGCGGGGAUGUCUUUGACUGUGUGCUGAAUGGGGGGCCACUGCCUGAGAGCCGGGCCAAGGCCCUCUUCCGCCAGAUGGUCGAGGCCAUCCGCUACUGCCAUGGCUGUGGCGUGGCCCACCGAGACCUCAAAUGUGAGAACGCCUUGUUGCAGGGCUUCAACCUGAAGUUGACUGACUUUGGCUUUGCCAAGGUGGUGCCCAAGUCACGCCGGGAGCUGAGUCAAACCUUCUGUGGCAGCACAGCCUAUGCCGCCCCUGAGGUGCUGCAGGGUAUUCCCCAUGACAGCAAGAAGGGUGAUAUCUGGAGCAUGGGCGUGGUCUUGUAUGUCAUGCUCUGCGCCAGCCUACCUUUUGACGACACAGACAUCCCCAAGAUGCUGUGGCAGCAGCAGAAGGGAGUGUCCUUCCCCACUCAUCUGGGAAUCUCGACCGAAUGCCAGGACCUGCUCAAGCGGCUCCUGGAACCAGACAUGAUCCUCCGGCCUUCAAUUGAAGAAGUUAGUUGGCACCCAUGGCUAGCAAGCAAUUGAUAAAAGCAAUGGCAAGUCCUCCCCAAUAAAGUAGGGGGAGAAAGCAAACCUAAAAACCCGCUUCUAAAAUGGUGAUAUAUAUUUUACAUUUUAAGUUU